ACCUCCCGCACCGCCCGCACCGCCGCGGUGCCGACACCGGUCCCCGGGCGCAGACGCUGCCGACGGUGACAGCCAUGCCCUAGGGAAGCCCCACCAUGAGCCAAAGCGGGGCCUCACGCCUGGCCGGCUCCCCGCCGCUGCCGGGGGGCUCACUGCUGGCCCUGCUGGCCCCCGAGUCCUCCCCGUCCCCCCCCAGCGGGACGCCCUCUCCGGGGCCCCCACCGGCGUUGCUGGAAGGGGACUGGGAAGGGCGGGAAGAGCUGCGGCUGCGGGAGCUGGAGGAGGCGCGGGCGCGGGCGGCCCAGAUGGAGAAGACGAUGCGCUGGUGGUCGGACUGCACGGCCAACUGGCGCGAGAAGUGGAGCAAGGUGAGAGCCGAGCGCAACCGGGCGCGCGAGGAGGUGCGGCAGCUGCGGCAUCGCCUGGAGGCCCUCACCAAGGAGCUGGCCAGCCUGCGCCGCGACCGGGACCGUGACCGCGACCGGCCGGAGGAGCGCCCACCGCCACCACGGCCGCAGCCCAGCCCCAGCAAUCCUCCCACCACCGACGGGGCAGAGGGGGACGCCAGCCCUGAGCACGAGCCUGUGCGGGACGUGGGGGCUGAGGUGCCCCAAAAAGGCAAGGAGCUGGAGCUGAUGGAAAACAUCUUGACGAGCAAGCAGGAUGAGAGCUGGGAGCAGCGGGGCCCCCGGGCCUCCUUCAGCCGCCAGGAACGGAGCCGCCUGCUCUGGGAGGAUGUCAGCGUCAUGGAGGAGGAUGCCACCAAAGUCACCGCCCUGAAGCUGAGGCUGGAUGAGUCCCAAAAAGUGCUGCUCAAGGAGCGGGAGGACAAGCUGGCGCUCAGCAAGAACAUCGAGAAGCUGGAGGGCGAGCUCAGCCAGUGGAAGAUCAAGUAUGAGGAGCUCAACAAGAACAAGCAGGAGGUGAUGAAGCAGCUCAAUAUCCUGAAGGAGAUCCACCAGGAUGAGCUGGGGCGCAUCUCCGAGGACCUGGAGGAUGAGCUGGGCGCUCGCUCCAGCAUGGACAAGAAACUGGCCGAGCUGCGUGCGGAGAUGGAGCGGCUGCAGGCAGAGAACGCGGCCGAGUGGGGCCGUCGGGAGCGGCUGGAGACAGAGAAGCUCAACCUGGAGCGGGAGAACAAGAAGCUGCGGGCACAGAUCGAGGACCUGGAGGAGGUGCUAGCUCGCAAGCGGCGCCAGACAGCCAGUGCCCUGGACACCGACCUCAAAACCAUCCAGGCCGAGCUCUUUGAGAAGAACAAGGAGCUGGCCGACCUGAAGCACAUCCACACCAAGCUGAAGAAGCAGUACCAGGAGAAGAUGGCAGAGCUGGCCCACGCCAACCGCCGCGUGGAGCAGCACGAGGCAGAGGUGAAGAAGCUGCGCCUGAGGGUGGAGGAGCUGAAGAAGGAGCUGGCCCAGGCUGAGGAUGAGCUGGAUGAGGCCCACAACCAGACGCGGAAGCUGCAGCGGUCGCUGGAUGAGCAGACGGAGCAGAGUGAGAGCUUCCAAGUGCAGCUGGAGCAUCUGCAGUCCCGGCUGCGGCGGCAGCAGAGCACUCCGCUCUUCGGCAAGAUGCGCAGCACCCGCUUCGGCCCCGACGACGCCGGGGACGGCACCAGUGACCCCGACGAGGACGAGGACCUGCAGAUCCAGGUGCCCUAGAGCCCAGGGCCAGUGCCACCGCUACGGGGACGUGCCACAUCCGUCCUCUGCGCUCAAGUGAACGUGUCACCGCGGGGCCCAGCCGUGAGGCGACCCUCGUAUACAUGGGAAAACUGAGGCACGGAGCGGUGGGGAGGAACUUGCCCAGGGAUGCUCCAAACCCGCUGCCUCUCGGACAGUAUUGGAUGCCCCUUCGGCUACCAGCAACUCCUGGAACACAAAUGUGGCCCCCAAAGCCAGUGUCACUGAGCAGCCCAGGAGGAGGAGGCGCAGGCAGAGAGAGGCACUGAGCCCGGCAUCCAAAACGCCUUCCUGCCCACUUUUUUUAUAUAUAUUAUAUAUAUGUAUGUAUUUGUAUAUGAUUUUUUUUAUUAUAAAUACAGAGCCCAGAGGGGCCCAGGCUCUG